AUGAUUGCACGAGGUGUUCGAAAUGUUAUUUAUAAUUAUACCGAUGCUCAACGUAAAGUACGUUCAGCAACAUCAAAUGAUGCUUGGGGACCAUCACCAGCGCUUAUGCAUGAAAUAGCUGAUCUUACAGAUAAUGUUGUUGCCUAUGCUGAAAUUAUGCCAAUUAUUUGGAAACGAUUAAAUGAUCAUGGCAAAAAUUGGCGUCAUGUCUAUAAAUCUCUUGUAUUAUUGGAUCAUUUAAUUAAAUAUGGCAAUGAACGUGUUGGCCAACAAUGCAAAGAAAAUAUAUUUGCUAUACAAACAUUGAAAGAUUUUCAAUAUGUUGAAGAUCAAAAAGAUCAAGGUUAUAAUGUACGUGAAAGAGCUAAACAACUUGUAGCUUUACUCAAAGAUGAUGAACGCUUACGUAAUGAACGUCGAAAAGCACAAGAAGGUCGCGAACGUUAUGUACGUCAAGCUAUGGGAAUGGAUUCAAAUGGAUCUGUUACAUAUGGACGUGCAGCAGCAACAGCAAUGCGACGCAACAGUAUUGAAAGUAGUGAUCCAUAUGGUGGAGCAUCAAAUUCAAGUACAAAUCCAUAUGCAACGACAUAUCGAUCAACAUCAUAUAACGAUAGUCUUCAUACAGCUCCGAUAAGAGAUUUUGUUCAACCAACAAGUCAAGAAGAAGAGCAAUUACAAAUGCAAAUAGCUUUAGCAGAAUCACAACGUGAAGCUGAAGAUCAAGAACGUCGACGUCGAAAUGAUGAAUUAAAAAUUAAAAUAGCUUUAGAACGAUCUGUUAAUGAGGCAUCAUCUGAACCAAAUAGCUCACAGUUAUUUGAUCUUAAUGGGAAUUCUCAAGGUUUGGAUCCAUCACUGUUUUAUAAUCAUCAAACUAAUACUUCAUAUUUACCACCACCACCACCACCACCAACAACAACAACAUCAUUAAAUAUGGGAUGGAAUACAACAAAUACUCGGCCAUCAAAUCAUCUUGGCUUUACAACUGUUACAAAUGAUAUUUGGACAUCAGAAUCAAACGGCCGUAAUGCUACUACAACAGUAUCAAAUGAUCCUUGGCAAGAUUCGACAGCAGCAACUUCAAAAGUGAAUCCAUGGGGUGGAAAUGCUUCUACAACUUCGAAUAUGGAUGCCGGCCUUUCGAUCAAUAUGUCAGACCCUUGGGGUUUAGGUACAGUUAAAUCUCAACCAGCACCACAACCACCAACAAAUUCAAACUCGGUGACUUCAAAAACAAUUGAAAAUGAAUUAAGUGACUUUUUCGGAGCUGGUGCAACGAUAACACCAUCAUAUACUCAACCACAACAACAACCUGUAUCAUCAAAUCCUUGGAAUACAACAUCUUCUCCUUUAAAUAUAGGUUCAAUGUCUCCGUCAAAUACCAACAUGUCAACGAUUGGUUUCGAUGGAAACAUACUGUAUCCGACACUUACUAAUAUGAAUAAUUCAAAUCCUUCUAGUGCAAGUCCUUUAUCAUCGUCAUUAUCGGCUUCGCGUAAAACGCCAGAAAGCUUUCUCGGCGAUAAAUUUAUUAAUUUAGUUAAUCUUGACAGACUUGUUACAGAUCCUAAGAGUACAAAUCCGUUUGGUUCAAAUGUAGCACGCACUCAAAAUCCUUUUACUAGUACAUCAAAACCACCAACACUUGAUCAAUUAACUACGUCAAAUAGUGCUGCUUUUGCAAAUGAUUCAACAUUACCUGCACCACUUAUUCCUUCAUCGUACAAUAACAACAGUACCACUGUACCCUCAUUCAACGCAAACAAUCCAUUUGUCUGA